CGGUUUUUGGUGUUUUGGGUUGGGAAAAAAAAAAAAAAAAAAGAAAAAAAAGAAAAAAACCAAAAGUUGAUUUAUAGAUUUGCAUAAGAAAUUAUGGAACCCAAACCACCGACCUGAUAACACAUGCCUGAGAGAGACAAACUUUGAAAACCCCAUUGCCGUUUCUCUCUUUCUCUCUCGCUCUCUCUCUCUCUGCAAAGCACCAACAAACAGACAAAAAAGAAAAAAAAGUUGGGAAAUUGGGCCAAAGCCAAACUGAGGUGCUUGUAUGUCGGUUGAAGAAGGCGUUCAUGCUUGGUGAGUGUGAAAAUGCGUUAUUUCUGCCGGAGUGGAAGGCGACCAUGUGAUCUACAACUUUGUUACUGCUGCAUUGGAAUAUCGUGGUGGUAGCACUAGCACCUGAGAGAGAACUCAAACCCGGAAGAAACCAAACAGAGAAAAGCCACAACUUUUGAAGUCUAAUGGCUCAGUUGGUGGCUCGGACCGGUCGUCAUCUUCAGCGCUAUAACGGCGGUUGCCGCCUUGUCGCUGGGUGUAUUCCUUUCAAGUACAGAAAUGCUCUUGAAAAUGGUAAGAGCACUUAUGAGAAGGUUGUUGAGGUACUAAUGAUCAGCUCUACUAGUGGCCCCGGGCUUGUGUUUCCAAAGGGUGGCUGGGAAAAUGAUGAAACCGUAGAGCAAGCAGCGGUGCGAGAAGCUAUAGAAGAAGCCGGUGUUAGAGGAGAAUUAAUGCACUUUUUGGGAUACUACUGUUUUAGUAAGAGCAAAAACCUCCAAGAUGAGUUGUGUCCUGGAGGUGUGUGCAAAGCUGCUAUGUUUGUGUUGCUCGUUGAUGAGGAGCUUCAGUCCUGGCCUGAGCAGAGCACUCGGCAGAGAAGUUGGCUUACCAUACCUGAAGCUACAGAGUGUUGCCGGCAUCCAUGGAUGCGAAAUGCCCUUGAGGAAGGUUUCUCAAAAUGGCAUGCCAAUGAAAUCAUCAUCAGCAAGCCAAAAGAGGAAGAGAACAAUAUAAUUUCCAUCUGAUUUAUCACCACAGCAGGAUUGAUAUAAAAAAAAAGGUCAUCAUCUGUCAUAAGUUGAAGUUGGUUUCUUUCCCUUUUUAAGUGUUAUAGGCAAAUGCAUGUGUGUAUGUUUAGGCGUUUUUCCGGUGCUGUUUGAUGGGAGUUUCUGGGUUUUGUGUAUCACUCAUGUUAUAAUUUGAUAGUUUGUGAGCUAGCUUUUAAAAAUGACGAGAGUGAAAAACAAAAACAAAGUAGAAAACCAAGGGCAAGAAACAGAAUAUGUUCUAAUUUACUUUCUUUAUUGUUCGAAUGGGUGUUGAAUGCGUUAACCGGUUUCAAGAAUGAGAAUAAAUAAAUAAUGCUUGAGAGCAGCCAUACAAAAAAAUUGAGAUUA